CACUAUCAAACUGAAACAACUAAGAAAUACGUAUGUAACUAAAAGGGUAUGACUAAACUUGGACUCAGCCGAAACCUAAUGUCUUGGUUAUUUUUGCUGGGAAUUUACGCUAUUCGCGACUGCUUUGGUCACAGUUUUCUGUAUUACACGGAAGAGAGAAAUUUGGUUACUUUGGAAUUCAAUGGUCCACGGGUAUGUGAAGAGCGGUAAAUCUCAAGACGCAGUUAAGAUGUUCGACAAAAUGCCUAGCAGACACUUGAUUCUCAUGGGCAGCUAUAUGAUCAGUGGGUGUGGGUUUACUUAACAGAGGUUAUGAUGGAGUUCUAGUGUGGUCCGAGCAAAUGCAGAUUCCCGAAAUAAAUCCAGGUUACGUUGCCAUUAUUAUUAUGAGUCAACAUGUCAGCAUAAGUAAAUAGGCUAGUUUGAUUUGAAUUUGCUGACUUGUGGAAUCUAUGCAAGUAGUUAAGAUGAGAAACAAGCAGCCCUCCUUAGUUGUAUAGUAAUAUAGUUAACUUAUAAAACUAGUGUGAAACUGGUUCUGAGUUAUAGAAACCAGCAAGGGUCUUUUUUGAAAUUUCCUUUUAGUGAGGGACAAAAAAGAAGUCAAGAAGCCGUGUUUAAUAAAGGGCAUGACUCACGACGAAUCAUUGUCGUUGAAUAACUACAAGCUCCACCUAUUAUUAUCUUCCAAAGAACGCUGUGAACACAAACAAGCCAGUGUUUUUCAGACAAGAGAUAAUUUCUACAAGAAUGUUCCACUUUGUGAUUGUGGAUUCCGGGCUUCUUGUGAUCGUCCCUCGUCGGUGAUUGUUGACUUCUGUGUUCUUAUGGUGGAGCAGGAGAGAAGUUAUGGCUGAAGGAGUUAUCUUGUUUGGAAUUGAGAAGCUUUGGGAUCUUGUGAGUCGAGAAUCAGAGCAGUUCCAAGGAGUCCAUGAGCAAGUUUCUGAACUAAAACGUCAGUUGGGAAGGUUACAGUCUUUGUUGAAAGAUGCAGAUGCCAAGAAACAUGAAAGUGAAAGGGUGAGAAACUUUCUGGAAGAUAUCAAAGACAUUGUUUAUGACGCUGAGGAUAUAAUCGAAACCUUUCUUAUGAAAGAAGGGAGAAGAAAAGAAAAAGGGAUCAAGAAGCGUGUCACCAAACUUGCUUCCAUCUUAGUGGAUCGUCCGAAGAUAGUGUCAGAUGUCAAAGGAAUAAAUAAGAGGAUCUCUGAUGUGAUCUCAUCAAUGCAGAGUUUUGGAAUACUACAGAUGAUUGAGUGUGGGCGUUCAUUGUCCCUUGAGGAUAAUCAAAGGGAACUCCGACAUACAUAUCCUAACAAUUCUGAAAACGAUCUUGUGGGGAUGGAUCAGAGUGUUGAAGAUUUGGUUGCUCAGUUGGUGGGAAAUGAUAACAUUCAAGUGGUUUCUAUAUCCGGGAUGGGGGGUAUUGGUAAAACCACUCUGGCCAGACAAGUUUUUCAUCAUGACAGAGUACGGCGUCAUUUUGACGGAUUCGCAUGGAUCUGUGUUUCGCAACAGUUUACACAGAAGCAUGUUUGGCAAAGAAUCUUGCAAGAGCUUAGACCAGAUGAUGGGGAGAUUUUAGAGAUGGAUGAGUUUACACGUCAGGGUAAACUCUUUCAGUUGUUGGAGACUGACAAAUAUUUGAUUGUCCUAGAUGAUAUAUGGAAAGCAGAAGACUGGGACCGAAUAAAAGAAGUGUUUCCACAGAAAAGAGGUUGGAAGAUGCUACUUACUUCCCGCAAUGAAAGUGUUGGUUUACAUGCAGAUCCCACAUGCUUUUCCUUUAGGCCUAAAACCCUUACUCUUGAACAAAGUUGGACUCUAUGCCAAAGACUAGCAUUUCCUAGGAGAGGCGAAGCAGAAUACAUUGUUGAUGAAGAGCUUGAAAUCAUGGGUAAGGAAAUGGUGACCUAUUGUGGAGGACUACCGUUAGCUGUUAAAGUGUUGGGAGGAUUGUUAGCUACGAAACAUACAGUUCUCGAAUGGAAAAGAGUACAUGAGAAUAUUGGACUUCAUAUCAUAGGAGGAUCUGGCUUAAAUUUCAAUUCGGUUUAUCGAGUAUUGUCUUUGAGCUAUGAAGAUUUGCCAAUGGGCUUAAAGCAUUGCUUCCUUUACUUCGCCCAUUUCCCUGAAGCCUACAAGAUAGAUGUGGAGACAUUGUUUAAUUACUGGGCUGCAGAAGGAGUUGUAAUGAUCGAUCGAGGAACCAUUCGAGAUAAUGCGGAAGGCUACCUAGAAGAGUUAGUGAGACGAAAUAUGGUUAUUUCUGAAAGAAACUAUUUGACUUCGAGGAUUGAGUCUUGUCAUAUGCAUGACAUCAUGAGAGGAGUUUGUUUGUCUAAAGCCGAAGAAGAGAACUUUCUACAAAUCGUCAAAGUCCCUACAUCUACCUCUACCAUCAGUGGUCAAUCUUCUCGCAGACUCGCUGUGCAUAGUAGUAAGGCAUUUGAAAUGAUGGGACAUGAAAAAACUAAGAAAGUUAGAUCUCUUUUGUACUUCAAGACCAAGGAAGAAGCUCUGAUACAAUCAUUUCUAGACUUUGGGAGUUUACCAUUUCUCAGGGUGUUGGAUCUUUCUAGAGUCAAGUUUCAAGGAGGGAAGUUACCUUCCAGCAUUGGAGAGCUUAUCCACUUGAGAUUCCUGAGCUUAUACAGGGCUGGAGUAUCUUAUUUACCUUCUUCUCUGCGGAAUCUGAAGCUUCUGCUCUAUUUGAAUUUAGGUGUCCAUGGGGUUUCAGUUCAUGUGCCAAAUGUUUUGAAAGAGCUGCGAGAAUUAAGGUACCUUAUCUUACCUUUUCUAAUGGAUGUUAAAACAAAAUUGGAACUGGGUGAUCUGGUGAACCUAGAGACCUUGAGCGGUUACUCACUAGAGAACAGUAGUGUGAAGGACCUUCGUGGUAUGACUAAUCUCAGAACUCUCACUAUCCAUUCCCUUAAUGGUUGUACUUUAGAAACUCUGUCUUCAUCUCUCUUCAAAUCGAGAGAACUCGAGCAGCUUUCAUUGUAUGAGGUCAUGCAUGAUGGCCAUAACGAAGGGAAACUUGUUCUUGAUUCCGUUCAUCUCAAAGUUUUAACGGUGGGCAUGCAUAUACCAAGACUGCUUGAACAACAUCGAUUCCCUCCAAACCUUGCACACAUAUGUCUACGGUAUUGCUGCAUGGAAGAGGAUCCAAUGCCGAUUCUAGAGAAGUUGCUUCACUUGAAGUGGGUUGAAUUAUCAUACCGUGCUUUCACUGGAAAGAGAAUGGUGUGCUCGAAAGGCGGGUUUCCUCAGUUACAUGUGCUGAAAUUAUCUGGACUAUAUGAUUUGGAAGAUUGGGUAGUAGAAGAAGGCUCGAUGUGGUGUCUUCGUACUUUGACUAUAAAUGAAUGCAGAAGUUUAAAAGAGCCUCCGGAUGGACUCAAGUAUUUAACAUCCUUAAAAGAAAUGACAAUUGCGGGCAUGUAUAUGAUGGGAUGGAAGGAGAAAUUGUCUGAAGGAGGACAAAACUACUACAAAGUCCAACAUAUCCCCCGUGUUCAGUAUAUGAGAGAAUAUGCAGAUUGAACAAUAUGAGGUAACGUUUUUCUUUUUUUUUUUUUGGUUUUAAUGUGAAGAUGAGGUAACGUUUUGUGCAUGUAACAAAAACAUGAGACAAUAUCAUUUGGAUCCAUGUAGAGAAGAAGUGUCAGAUGUACACACACUUGACAAAACCAUCAAACCAUCAUUAUAGAAUGGAUUAUAUCAUGAAUGAGUGGAUCCAUUAAAAAGGUUAAGGUUGUUGAUAAAGACAAAACCGUCAAACCUAAA